ACGGUGCAGGUCGGCUCCUGUUUAUGUUGGUCGGGAGGGAUCCACCGCCGCGGCCAUAGCGUGUUUCUUUUUUUUUUUCUUUCUCUCUCCGGCGUGCCUUUUGACCCGUGCGGGCGAGUGACAGUUUGAACGCGUCAAGCCAGUGAUCAUCAGAAAUACUGCACGUUCCAAGUCAGCAUCGCAGAAAGGAUUACCUUCCGAGGGAUUAAGCCUGAGGUAACAGCGACUACUUCCACUGACGUCUCGCGAGUCGUUCGAGGACGUUUGUACUGUGGCCAGUAAUUUAACCCUCGCCUCGUGUUAACCCGGCUCUUACACAUGCGGCCGCUGAGCUGAAAGGAUGGCGGCGACGGACGGCCAGAUCGUGGUGGCGGCGGCGCGCUGGUGCGACGAGGCCCACUACCUGCGCGAGUUCGUGGCCCGGCACCCGCUGCCCGCCGUCGUGAAGAUCACCAAGGGCCAGUGCGGCGGCCUUGGAGUGCCCACGCUGCCCUGCCCCGGGCUGCAGUCGACGGCGCUGCUCGUGUCGGUGGGCAGGCGCCGCAAGAUCGCCGCGCAGGCCGUCAAGCUGAAAGAGGGCCGCAGGCUGGCGGGGGUCGGCCCGCGGCUCGCGGUUCCCGAGUCCUACCCGGGCUACUUCGAGCUGCUCAGCGAGGAGGGCAGGUCGGUGCGGUGCAUCGAGAGCGUGGCGGAGCUGUCGCGGCGCCGCCUGCAGGGAGGCUGCCUGGUGCGCGAGCCGCUGCGGGCGCUGGUGGCGCGCUGCGACGCGGACGGCGGCGUGACGGCUGACGGCGCGCGCACCGUGGCGGCCGGCGAGACGCUGACCCCGUGCGGCGAGGUGCAGCUCAGCGGCGGCGGCGGGGGCGGCGGCGGCUCGGCGGCGGCGGGCCGGGGCCGCUACCUGCGCUGCAGCGACGCGCGCGGCGACGCCGUGCUGCUGGGGCUGGAGCAGCGCGGCAGGUUCAGCGCGCUGGCCCGCGAGGACAACAUCAGCGGCGUGCACACGGCGCGCAACCUGCUCAGCAAGCGGCUGCCGCUCACCGUGCGGCUGGUGCACGGGCCGCCGCCGCGCGGCCUCAAGUCGCCGUCGCACUUCGUGCCCGAGCUGCGCCUGCUGUCCGCCUUCGAGGAGGAGCACGUGUUCGCGCUGCCCUUGCAGAAGGACUCGGGCGCGGCGAUAGCGCUGCCCCUGGCUGCGCCGCUCAAGCUGCAGCGCACGCGCAACUCGGACCAGCUGCAGGCCAUGCGCGAGUUCCAGCGGCUGGCGGAGCGGUGCGCGCGCCUCGCGGCCGAGGCCGCCGACCGCAUACAGGUGCUGGAUGGCAAGCUGGGCGACUCGAAGAUACUGCGCGCCGCCGCCUCUGCGUCUUCGGCGGCGUCGGGCAAGACGGGCUACUUCCUGCGGCGCAGCGCGUCCUCCGACUCGGCGGGCAGCCACAACCACAACAACCACAACCACCACCACCACCACCACAACAACAACAACAACCACAACCACCACCACUACCACCGCGUGGUCGGCGGCGACGAGAACCGCGCGCCGGCGGCGGCGCUGCACGCCGACGACUACGACGAAAUCGACCAGAUCUACGACUACGUGCGCGGCUUCGCGCCGUUGCCCAAAGGGAUCCGGUCGCCGUUCGCGGACUCUCCCCCCGAGGCGGCGGCCACAGCGGCGGCGGCGGCGGCGGCGGCGGCUACAGCGGCGGCGGCGGCGGCGGUGGCGGCGGCGGCCCCGACGCCGGAGCGCGACAGGCCCGAGCCGCCGCCGAUCGAGACCAUCCCGACCAAGAAGCUGCCGCCCCCCGCCGCCGCGGCGACGGCGAUGGCGACGGCGGCGGCGACCAAGGCGGAGAAGCGCACCCGCCCCCAGCCGCCCAAGCUGUUCGUGAAGAACGGCAACUCGCAGCGCGCCGGCCGGCUGCUGCGCCAGAAGAGCGCCUCGCCGCUCAAGGACGGCCCUGGCAAGGGCGGCUCGCCGCUCUUCAACAUCCGCUACAAGUCCAUGAGCAACCUGCACCAGGCCAUGGAGCUUGACGGCACGCUGGACUCGAGCCAGUCUGGAGGUCGCACUUCGGGGGACUCGGGGGCCGGAGCCAAGCUGCCCGAGAAGCGAUCCCGCCGCCUCAGCCGCCCCCGGUCGCUCACAAACCUGGUGUGGGAGCUCCGCGGCGGCGGCGGCGAGCCGGUUGCGCCGCCCCCGCGCCGCAAGAACAACCCCGUCAAGACAGUGGCCGGUGGCACCAAGAGACUGGGCACGCUCUACCUGUGAUCCUCCCGCAGGUGGUGGGAAGAGCCGAUUAGCAGAGGAACACGCAUCGAAGCCCUACGUCAGCCGGUGUCGGGGCGAGCGCGGUGCAUCAUGGGAAACGCGCGGACGAAUCAGAACCUCAGUUCGAGCUUUGAAUAUAUAUAUACUGUAUAGAAGUCGCGAGUGGAUAGGAUUUACUCUACGUUUUUCAGAAGCGUAUGAUGAGCAGCUUGGGAACUUCACCGCUGCAGUGCGCUGCCGUAACGCCCUGUAUCGUCUUAGUUGUUAUUUACACGUUAGAGCGCAGCGCUGUCGCCCGCUGUCAUUCCCCGCACCCCCCAUCCAUCAUUCACUGCAGCUCAAGGUCGUUCAGCGGGAGGGGGAAGGGGUGUUUGAAGAGUUCGACACUUGUCCGCUAGGGACCACCACAAGUCGAUGCCCUAGAGAUGGUGGCGAUUGCGGCGGUGAAUUAACCAACUACCUCAAAACCGUAUUAGAAAUUUUAACCUGGGCUGGCGACUUCUAUACAGUAUAUAUAUUGAAAGGUUCGAGCGUCCGGCCGCCCUGAUUGGCCAGAACGCUCGCUUGGGAAGAACAACACAAAAGUGCCAUCUCGUAGAACAAAACUCCUCGUAGUUACGAUUUAAAAAAAAAAAAACUGAAGUGAAUGUGAUAAAAUUCACGGAGACUGGAACUAACAUUUUUUUUUAUGACGAUAAAUAUUUUUUUUUAAUAUAUAUUUUUCUUUUCUUCAGCACGAUGCCGUACCUGGAAUGUUAGAAGCCUAAAAAGAACUAUUUUUUUUCCCGGCUCGCAACUUAAAGGUGAGGACUGAUGUUUCUAAGUGUGGGCAUUUGGUGCAGUGUGCGAGAGAGGGAAAGAGAAAUAACUCAGAAAACAAAAUUUCCAAAAAGAAAAACUCCGCCAUUCGUGUAUCGUGCUUUACAGCUGUGUUUCAACAAACGAAAAAAAAAACUUAAUAAAAAAUAUAUAUGCGUAUAUAAUCCAAGUCAUAUGAUUUCCGUAAGUUUGCUACCGCUUGUACUGCGUACAUCGUCUUGUAUUUUACAAUUCAAAAGAAAUUUAUGUCAAAAAAGUAGGUGUUUUAAACGUCUACACUGCAACGUACAACCUGAACACAAAUGAUUCGCCAGUAGAGGUUUAUUUACUUUAAAUCGUAUUGUAUUUACUUUGUGAUUUGUAAGUUUAACAGUGAUUAUUAAAGCUGACUAAGGACACUAUUUAAUUUAGUUAGCAGUAUGUACCGUAUUAUUUUAAUAUACCUAGGAUAGAUUUAGUAGUUUUUUUUUGUUUGAAAAAAAGAUGAAGUAUUUAGAAGAUGAAUUCGAAACGAUAUCAAAUCUGUGUUGGGCGACUCAAAAUUUAGCAUGGGACUAUGCAUGUAUGACUAGAAUGGCUAACUAAUGUUUAUUGUUUGUCAUAGUCUAAUACGUACUGAUAAUCUCUUAUUUCGAGAGUCAGUGUUUUAACUGCUACGUUUUAGUAAUGCAGCUACCGAUUGCUAGAGCCACGAUUAGUUCGAGGAUUAAUUCCAUCCAGGCUAGACUCAACUUGCAAAUACACAAAAGAUCCUUUUUAGAGUGAUCAUUGGUAGAGACCUGCAAAAUUCGUGGUUUCGAUGGCCUUCAGGAUAGACUGCACAUACACCUGUACACUCGGGCAAAUAACGCAAGUUCAUUGGCUGCCGACUUGUAAGUCGUCUCAGCUGGUUUGUCUGUGAUUCGAUCCUUCUUUGGUUGAGGGUUUAUAACUGGUUGAGAUUCGUUCCAGAUGAACAGUAAGCCAAUAGAAAAAUUAUCUAAGAGGUAUAUGUGUUUGAAUUCUAUCCUAUCACCGAAUGAAUCCGCGAAUUUUACAGGUCUCUAAUCAUUGGUCGAUAACGAGUUCAUAUAACUUGCUAGGUUGCACGUUGUUGGGUAACCGCUUCCUGUCAUUGUUCGUAACUGGCUAAGGGUCUUCAAGGACAUGUUAAGACAACUGUGGUCCAAUCAUCAACGAGUAACAGAUGUAUAAGUGCUUCCAAUCUACUUCGCUACUCAAUGAACCCAUCAAUUAAUCGUGGCUCUACGGAUAAAAAAAAUAUUGUUAAAUUUUGCUCUCCCUCUUUUAUUUUAUUUUUUGUAAAUGGAACAGAAAUAUUCAUGUAAAUUUACAGAUAGUUGUAAAUUUGUACAUUUACAUGAAAACAACUGUAUCACUACAAAAUAUUGUUCUCAGUAACACUGGGUUGAGACUCUUACCCGAGUAUGUAUGUUUUUUGUGGUCCCAGUACCUCCAACAGUCAAACGUUCUCUGAAUAGCUUUCCAGUAUUAACUGUGCACAUUAAUAAGCAUAAUAAAAAAAAUUAAAGACCAGUUAUUGAAUAUUCGAUCUCCUUUUCCAAGUUUUAAAAAAAUUAUGCUUGAAUAAAACAUCAAAUCAAAUAUAAACUUAUGCGCCAGUGUACUAAGAAAUAUUCAGUAUUAUCUCGAAAAACGUAUUUCAUAUAUGAAAAAGUAACAAAGUCAUGUGUUGUACAAAGUAACAACAUUUCUUGUGUAGUAUUACAAACUAUUUCUUGGAAACUGAUUUCCAAAGGAAUAUUUUGUAAAAUACAGGAUUUUUUUUUUCUGUGUAGGGGAAUCAGUCGCUCGUUAAAAUUCGUAUUUGUGCAACCCGCUUCGUUUUUUCCAGAUAUAUUCUUAAGUAUUGAUUUUUUUAAUGCUUAGUCAAUCGUUUCUGCCAAACCAGCACCGUUGUUUGAAUAUGAGACUACGAUUUCGGGAUGGACCAGAAUCCAGAAUACUGUUGAUGUUGUUUCACCGCUGUACCGGAAAAAAAAUUGGACUUUUCGCAGUGUGUCAAUAAUAACAGUGCCUCAUAUAAUGAAGAAGAAAAAACACUACGAUGGUAACUUAUUUGAAAGUUUUUUUUUUUUUUUUAAUUUCUGUAAUGAAUUAUGACAUGAAAGUUUGGCCUUAGACACAUUCAAACGUUAGCAGUGUUUAAUAGUUUAAGAAUUGAAGAUCCUUCUUACCCGCAAUUUUAUGUUAUUGGAUCUUUACGCAAUUGCACUGCAUUUUUAUUUUUUUGAAUUUUCGUUGUCACUUACUAGGAGUUAGUUUCCCGCAUGAAUACAAGUAGGUAACGCGUACAUUUUUAGUAUCUUACGCGCGUUCUGCAAAUACAAUGGCACGGAAGAGCAGACGGAUCACGUAAACGGAGACGGAUCUCACGUAACGGAGUAUCUACAAUGGCACGCAUGCGCACUCUGACCAGUACGGACCAGCCCCGCAAGGAUUAGUUCCGUGCGACCAAUGGAAGCCGAGUGUUUUGCCGCGGUGGUAGCCACGUUUUUUUGCGUUUUAAAUACCUUAAAAUUCGUUUCAAGUACAAGAACUUCUAGUGUUCCAGCAUUAUUGCUUUGUUAAUUUAUAUAUAUAUAUAUACACACACACACACACAUAUAUAUAUAUAUAUAUAUAUAUAUAUAUAUAUGUAGGGUAAGGUUGCCUAUUUCCGUGAUAUCCCUUAUUCCGUGAUAUUUUUUUGUUUUGUCUCUCAAGAUCAAGCGAGUAGCAGUAGAUAGUUGGGCCAGAUCUCAAAAUAUAGCUCGCGAUGUUCUCUUUCGUAGGGAAGAGGCGGCUCUUCGUUCGCGCGUUUUUUUUUUCAUAUGGUGCACAGUUGUUUGAAGAGUGGGUACUAUGAAGCAAUUAUACUCAUCAUUUAUACAACAGUAGAGUGAAUUUUGUAAUGAAAACUUAAAUAUACAUAUAACUGCCUUACGCUUUUAAGGAUUUAAUUUUCAAUGUUUAAGUGUAAAAAGUAUGUGUAGAUUAUUGUAGAGGGCUCGUUUUAAAAAUAUGUAUUUGCUUUCCCGUUUCUCUUUUUUAUUUCGUUUUUGGGCAAAUAAUUUGGAAGCACAAACUAAAGCAUGGGAGUAACAAAAUUAUUUCAUUGUUGAAGUAUGUUUAAUCAGUGCCUGUUUUUUCUUGAAACAUGUAAAUAUAUAUAUUUUUUAAAUGUAGAACAGAAUAUUUCAUUUAUCAUUCUCAAACUACAGACUGUUCAUCAAUUAAAGACACUUGAUAUCAGUCGUGUCCAAAAUAUAUCCUUCAGUUUAGCUGUUUUUAGUUUUAUUAUAAUAAUAAUUUUGUUUUAGUUGCUUUACAGUAAGUUUCUUAUUUUACAGCCCGAUAAUGUGUUUAUUUCAGUAGGUAGUCCUCGUUCAACAAUGGGCAAAGAAAAUGGUAAAACCUGUUGAUCGUCUGGAAGUAGGAGGUCGAAGUGCUAAAACAAGCCCUGCAACUAGCUGUCAGAAAAGUUCUUCAGGAAGAGUGGACAGUCUAGAAGGCGUCCAAGCACUAUAAAGUGCCGUGGUCGACAUUUAAAGAAAACGUUAUGAGGGCCAAUGAACAUCUUGAUGGGAGGAGUGAUUUUAAUCUCGAUGUGGUGUAAGUUGGUGUACCAUUCGUGCUUGAAUUAUUUGAUGUAGAAUGUAAACUUGCUAAGUAUGUUGAACGUAUGGGGGUCAUUGGUUUCGGAUUGACUGUUUUUGAAAUCAGGAAACUCGCGUAUGAAAUAGCCAAAAAAACACUGGUAAGCUGAAAGGUUUAAUGCAGUUAAAGAAUCUGCGGAAAAUAAAGCGGUAUAGGGGGUUGAAACGUUAAAAGGUUCAACUUCACUCUCAGGCGACCUGAAAACUUAUCUAGUUAUCGUGCAUCAUGUGUCAAUCCUGUGUUAAUACAGGAAUAUUACAAUUCUCCAGAGAAAGUGCUGCUUGAACACGAUCUUUUGGAUUCGCCUCAUAGAAUUUGGAAUUGCGAUGAAACCGGACUUAUGUUUGUAACAUCUGGCAGAAAUGUAGUGACUAGUGUUGUAGAAAUACGAUCACUGUGUUAGACUUGUAACACUUUAUUUGGAGCAUGUAUUUUGUACUAAAUAUUAAUUUUUGUGUGUAAAUAGUACUUGGGACACAAUUGUGACAGAAUUGCAUUUAUUGGAUGUGUUUUAUAUAUUUUUUCAAUGUAUCACGGAAUUAGGAUACCACUAUCACGGAAUAAAGGCACCUAUCACGGAGUUAGGAAUCCAUGCUGUGUUAAUUUUAGAAAAUUAUUAUGUUGAACUGAGGUUAUAUAAAUUAUAUACUACAGCAUGUGUUAACUGGCUGUCAAAUAAACUUUAUAUAAAAAAAUUGUUACACCUAUAUAGUCUCCCAAGUAGUUCAGUAAAUUCAUUAGAAAUAACUUAUCACGGAAUAAGGCAACCUUACCCUAAAUCCCGAUCGUGUAAGGUUCUCGGAGCUGAAAUAUAUAUAUAUGAUUAAUUUUUUUUUGUAACCGUGAAAUUCAAUCCCAUUGGUUGUUAUUUUUUACGUCUCCGUGAAUUUCGUAAGCGGCAGACGCGAUGGCGAAAUGAACCAGGAGAACCGUCUCCGUUUACGUGACCCGUCUAAGUUUGCGUGCUAUUGUAGAAAGGGCCCAAGUCCCAUUCUCGAAACAGUUCUUUGUUGAAAUUUUGGCACUGACAAAAAAAAAUAACUAAAAUUCAAAAUGAUGAUUGAAUUCGAGUCUUAACAUCUGCGGCUGGUUCAGUUGGCGACGAAGUGCGUAGUCAGGAAGGGCCGUGUCUCCCCCCCCCCCCCACCCCCAAAAAGAUACUCAUAAACCAGCAUAAAAUAACGAAUAUAAGGCUCAAUUUACGGCCACUGAACGUGAACAAUUUAUAGAGUAAAUAACCUUCUCCUGAAGCAGUAGUAGUAACGCAGUGUACUAAUUGAACUACCGUUCAAAAGUGACACGUUUUAUUAAAAAAAUUUCACGUUUAAAAAAAAAGCACUUGAAUGUCAUCAAAUAGCAAAAAAAAAAAAACUUAUUAAAGCAUUAUAAUUUGAAAACUUUUCUGGGGGAGUAGCACAGAAUCAGCCAUUUUUAUAUGAAUUGAAAAAAAAAGGGGGGGGAUUUACAAACCACUCCCCUCAGACCCCUAAAUAAAGUCCUAUCAAAAAUUUAUUCUUAUUACAUCUUCACUUGGUCUCUCCUCUAUAUCCCGUAAAUGCUGACUACACCCAUGCUUGUGUUCGAGUGUUUGUAGUUAGUGCCGUGGAAAAUUAUCAUAAAACAUCGAACUCUAACGCAUCGAGACUUUUUUUUUAAUACUAAAACAUCAGGUGACAAGCUGACAGAAAAAAAGCCAGCGGGAUUCCGUUGAAUCUGACGAGGCAGUUUUCAACUGAAUUGCGAUUUUUUUAUUUUUUUUUAAAUUAUUUUGGGCCACGGUUAAGAUGUUUCAAAUUCGUAGUGUAUGCUUAUUGCUUAGUCUUACUUCAAUUGCUGACAAGUUUUGAGAAUAAUGUUUGCACCUAAAUAAAAUGUAAAAUAAAUUCAUUUGUAAUAAAUCGUAAUUAUGUCAUGAAAUUUUAUCUUACUGUCUGUCUUAUGCUGCUUACACGACAAAGAAAUGUAAAUGUGCAAACAAAAAUUCUACACAACUAUUUACAAUGUAAACAGAAAUCGUAAUAUUACACUUAUGAAGGUUAAGUAAUAAAUACAUUUUUGUGGCGUAAUUUUAAAAAAAACUAGUACAAUGUGUGUAAUUUCACACACAUUUUUUCUGUGAAACCAAAUUGUUAAACAGUAUUCGGUCAGUAACUGAUUAAGUAACUGUUGUGUUAUAUUACACGUUUGGAUGUAUGUGUGUUAAAUUAAUUAAAAUCAUAAUGGUUAUCCGUACACUGUAUUACUUACACGUUAUUGUAAACGUGAAUUAUUUUGUCACAGUAAAAUUAAAACGACCAAACAACUUACUGCAAAAAAAAAUUUAAAAUUCUUACUAACAAAAAUCCUUUUAAUUUUUAUAAAGUGGAGAAAGUGGUAUUUCUAACAAUUAUUUAUUAAUGUGCGCAGUGAUCAAGAGGUCAUGUCACUAGACCGUAUGCCAAAAGGUCUCGCUUACGAUAUUCUGCCGGUUCACUCAGAUUAUAAUAAUUAUUAACUUUAUAACUAAAACUUAAUAAAAAUAAAGAAGUUAUUAAUUACAAAAUCACGCUAUGUUCCGUCACAACGUUAGCGUAUAUUUACUAACGAUGCAGUAAAAUUAGCUGGAAAUAUCGUGGUAAAUUUACACAUUCUUUGUUAGAGAUUAUAAAGAGCAAAUGAUUAUUCGCGUUUUACGUAAAAAAAAAUUUUUCUUAAAAAAGUUAUAAAUUACUUAGUUAGAAUCAAAUCAAACGUCACAGUAGUUACAUAAAUUAAUAUUAGCCUAAUAUUUAACAAUCUUGUGUUGCUGGUUUCUUGAUGUGCUUUCACGCUAUUCGUAUAUAAAAAAAAUAUUCAUAUAAAAACUUUUACCGCCAUUUUGAAUUUUUCUCGUGUUCGUAAGUAUCAAACCUGUGCGUGUUUUUACUCAGACUGUGAACGUACACUAGUAAGUGUGUACAGUCUAUUCAAACUGACUGCUAAUCGGUGCUCGAGGACAUAUUUUUUUCCAGAGCUAACAUGUCUUCAUUUUAUAUGCAAAGAGCUCUUGUAUUUUAUAACGUGUAAAAACCUUGUCCCUGCAGAUUUUUUGGAUUUCGUUUGAUCUAACCAGUCAAACCAGUGUGUACAUAUAUGGAGUGUAUUUGAAGUGCAUUUUGUUUUUAUCAGACCUGGAAAAUUCGCGGGUUCAUUGACCUUCAGGAUAGACUCCACAAUUCUCUACACAUUCGGGAAACUGCCAACUGUUCAUUGGCUACAGACUUGGGAGACGGUUCAAUUGGGUUGGUCGCAAUUUGGCACUUUCUUGGUUAAGGGUUUCUCAUUGGCUCACAGUUCUCCUGGUAAAAUGAGGGUCAAUCACAGAAGCCAUAAAACGAUCUGCUUGUUUGGGUUUUAGUGUAUCGCGAAAUGAAUUUGCGAAUUUUCUAGGUCUCUAGUUAUUACCUUUGUCGCAUUGUGUUGUGUCUACAUGUAUACCCUUCAAAGACGUAUUAUUUUACAAUCUUUAUAAAAUGUGAUUAAAACUGUUCACCUGAGGAGAAUUGUCAAAAUUUUGUACAUGAAUCCAAAUAGGUAUAAAUUUUUGUAGUUAGAAAACCAUAUAAUAUAUUUUUUUUUUACUUUGGUAGCGGAUCCAGAGGCUCAAGCCCCCUCCAAAAGCAUCUGGGUCCACUAUUGUUUUAGUGUUUGCCUUGAUAAAGCCUAUAGCCUCAGCUGGGUCAAGCCCCUCCCAAAACCAAAAUUGUGGAUCCGCCACUGCAUCCAGAUGUUCGAAAAUCGCAUUUCUUCAUUUCAUGUGGUUUUAAAAAGCCUGGAAGGUUUUACUACCAUUUCAAUAACAAUAAAUGUUUCAAUAACAGUUAAAAGAGUUUAAUACCUUGUAUUGAGUAGUGCUUGCUACAAUAACCGAAACAACACCAUCCUCGUAGUCAGAGAUGGACUAGAACCACGAUGUUCGCUUGUUAAAACAGGUGUUUCCUCUCACGAAAAUGGAUGUUAGGUCGUGUCCGAAUUCAAGAACACAGCAUGUAACUACGUCUAUCACUUUUUUUGUUGUCCUGGUGGUGUGUUAGAUAAGUUAGAACCUAUUCAAUUUUCAGCAUCUAUAAAUGGUGUAAGCCAGCUAACAUGUCGUUAGCAAUAAUUUUUAAUAAAUACAUUUCAUCCCAGCAAAAACAUUAAGUUGGAACUUAAGUUUUCCACUCACUCCAUGGAAUAUUUAUGGAAAUAUACUUAAGUUUAUGCAUUUGUUACAUGUCUAUGUAUUUGUUUAAAAUUCCCUUUAGUAAUAAACAAAAUUUAAUAUUUUUAUUUUUGUUUAUUUUUAAUUUUUAUUUUUAAUUUAAUAUGUUAAUACUAUUAAAACAUAAAGUGAAAAUAAUUUUAUUGAGUUUUUUUACUAUUUAAUAGUGUGUUCAAUAAAAUAUAACAUACAAAAGUUUUUCAAAAUGGCGUUUCUUCACUUGGCAGUACGUGAGAAAUAGCCUACAGGAUUCGUUUACUCGCAUGAAUGCAAACUUCAAUUUCAAUUCCGACAGCUCUCUUGAUGUCACUUCCAGGGACAAGUACGUAUAAGUAUACACUCCAAGAAUUACGACAAGGCCUUAGUUGACUUGGUUUUUAAUUGCUAACACUCGGCGUUUGAUUUGCAUGUUAUUUAUUAUUUUUUUUUUCAAAAUGAAACCUAAAGUGUGUUUUUUGGUAAUUCUCUUCAGCGUACCAGUGUCUUAUUAUUAAGCUAAACAGUGGAUAUUUUAUGCUGAAAUGUUUGUGAUGUAAAGUAGAUUAGACGAAAGUGUUGUAAAUAAAAUCAAAAGUUGAUUAACAAGUUUUAUUGUGUAUCCAAGUCUCAAAAAAAGAAAAGACAAGCUGAAACUAUAACUUGAGUCAUAAAGUUUUUAUAAAUAUUUCGUUGUAGUUUAUCUGACGAAGAAGGCAGGCCAUAUAUCUAAACACCUUCUUCGUUAGUUAAUAAUUGUUGCUAUGCUUGUUAAAUAUGAUCAUUCGCCUAAUUGUGUAAAUAAAUGCAUGUUUCAUGGCUGUAAUAGAAACUGCGUACCCUAAUCGUAUUUAGUUUUACUGCUCGCUUGUUCGGAAGUUUGGGAGAGAAGAUAAUACUAUCAUUUUCGUAUUUUCACUAACGCAAAAUGGAAGAGUUAAGAAAAAAAAGAGUGCAGCAUGUAUCUAAGUUUAUUUUGUACUGUGUGACACCAUUGUUUCAUUCCAUUAUUAUCUAAGCUUGUAUUGUGGGUAGCAUGUACGGUAUGUCAGCUCGUUGGAAAUAAAUCCAUGCUGCAUUCAUUUAAGAUAAGU